AAGGAGAAGGUGAAUACAGCGUCUGGGGGACUUCUCUGUCUGUCUGCUGGCAACCUCAUCGACUAACAUCACCAACGCCCAUAAAGUGGCAAUAUACAGGAAAUGAACCGAGCUGCUAGAAGAAGAGCCGUCUUUUCGCGUUAAGUCUGACCGGCUCAAUUGUACCAGUGCGGUGGUCGUGAUUUUGGAGUGAAGCAUAUUGUAUAACGUUAUCAGUUAUAGUUCUCUCAUGCAUUACAUCAACUGUUUAAGUUAGCUGCUUUAUUACUGCGUAGCUAGCCCUCCCUGUUCUGGACUGAUACAACGUUUACUUCGAUUGUUUGAUUCCUGUCCACCCGAAAAAUGGCAACCCAAAUCGAUAAAGAGGCUUGCAGAGAGGCUUACAACCAAGUCAGAGACGAUAACACGGAUACCAAUUGGGCUGCGUUUAAAUAUGAGGGCUCUAGGAUCGUGCCUGCAGGACAAGGCUCUGACUAUGAAGACUUCAAGAGGAUGUGCACAGAUGACGCUCGUCUGUUCGGCUUUGUUCGGAUCACAACGGGAGACGCCAUGAGCAAACGAGCUAAGUUCACUCUCAUCACCUGGAUCGGUGAGAACAUCAGCGGGCUGCAGCGCGCCAAGAUCAGCACCGACAAGGCGAUGGUCAAAGAGAUUGUGCAGAACUUUGCCAAGGAGUUCAUGUUUAGUGACCCGAGGGAACUGGAUGAGGACAAUAUCCGCAUGGAGCUGAAGAAGGCGGGUGGAGCCAAUUAUGACGCUCAGGCCGAGUAGCGACGUGCCACGGUCCACUGGAAGGGUUGGGGUCGGGGAGGGGGGGUCGGGUCUGGUUUGGUGGGGUGGAAUAAGUGGGGUCGGGGAGUGUUAGGGCAGGGCUGCUAUCUCUUGGGGAGAGGGCGAGGCGGGAUGGAGAGGGCACUUGAUGAAAGGGAAAUGCAUGCACCGGACACACACACACAUACACACACACACACACACACACACACACACACACACACGUUUUACCUCCAAAGUGAGGUCCAGAAAGAGACCUCAUGGUGAACGAUUUGGUAAUUUUCAAGAACACAGAAAGCAGAGGUGCACCAGGAGCAAUCUGUAGAACCAGUGUUUCAAAUACUAACCAAACACUGUUUAUGCUUAUGGCUUAUUAGAAAACAGCUAGUUUAUUAAUGUACUCUGAACAACAGCUGCAGAAUAAGAACAGAUCUGAGUUACUGUAGAGUGUUUUGGCACAGAUCCUGACAAUACAGGUGCUGUAGGUGCACCUCUAAAAUGACAACAUCUGCAUAAGGGCGCUUAUGUACUCGAUUUUAACAAAGCUUAUGUGUGAGCAGCAUUGUUCACUUGCUUGCAGCGGUUUGUGCAUCUGGAAGAUUAAAAGAAGAUUAAAGUGCAUGAAUUGUAUCAGGUUUUGCACGCAUAAAUAUACUUAACGUGGUGACACUGAAGGACGCUAUCGUAUUGUUAGUAAGGAAUAAUUAGAUGAGAAGAUUGGUGCCACUUCAACGUCUUUACAGUUAAUUUAUAGUUGGAGCUACCACCCCUCACUAAGUAACAUUAUGUAUCCUGUCUGUUUAGUUUGUAGAAAAAGUGUAAAAACAGCACAGAAGCAGUUGCCAGGCAACUAAUAGAGACUCCAGGAAGUCACUGUUUUUGGCCCAGGAAUAGUCGGACAUGCAUAUUUUUACACUUUUUUUACCAAUGCAAAUGAGAUAUAUAUAUAAUAAGCUUUCAAAAUGUUGGUAUGUAUGUUCUUUUUUUUCUACCUCCACCUCUUUAUGCUAAGCUAAGCUAAGUAGCUUCAUAUUGAAUGGACAGACAUGAGAGCAGUAUUGAUCUUAUCUCGCUACCAUCAACAAAAAAGCAAACAAGCAAAUUUCCCAAAACGAGAUCACACUGAAAAACUGAUUUCUGAGGAUGCACGCGACCAACACUCUGAAGUAACAUGCUAGCUAGCAAUCACCCACACACUAACGCGUAGUCAAAAUCAAGUGUAUGAGCGCUCUUUAAAGAUCACUGAUGGCCUUCUCUACUCUCCUACCCUCUGCCCUCUCCCCGGUCAGCUCAUGGUUGGUUAUCUACUGUGCUGUGCAUCAUCAUCUCGUACUCAUCCUCAUCUCAGUUGAGCAGCAAUAUGAAGUUACAUCGAGGCUUCAGCACUGUUUGCUAGGAAUGAUUUCAUGUAAUGAGGAUGUGAAUAAACGAAGGGUUUCACUUCAAAAUCUCAUAUUGUGAUCAUGGAUCGUGUCGUAAGAACAUGUUCAUGGACACGGAUAGAUUUCUCAUUUUUUUUAAAUGAAGCUCUUUACUCGCAGGCAUGUGUUUGACACCAGAGCAUGCUCUUAGUCAUGAUACACUGUACCUCCAGGAGGAAAAGAUCUCCAUUUUCUAACGAUAUCCUUGGCGAUGGUUGCUUUGAGUCAUAGUGCUGAGUACACUUUUAGCCACCUCUUCAUCUGCAGCCAGACAGCUGUGUUUGGAUUACAGCCUCAAAGUCAACCAUUACGUCUUGCCCUGAGAUGGACUGUAAAUCAACCCCUGCCAUCAUACUUGCUCGCUUUGUGCUGUGAAUCGCUUUGAUCACAAGCCCAAAUGUGUCCUUUUUGUGUUUUCGGACCUUAUUUCAAUGUACUUUUUGCUUUCUCCUUCCAGUUUCUGUUAAUUGUUUCCAGAGCUGUGGCAGAGUACAUGGCAAAAAAUGAGAUUCUUGCUCUUCCAGGGGGCUUUCUACCUGUGGAUAUGCCCUAGAAAGAGAAACAACUAGUAUAUGGAUUCAUCAGCAGCACUAGCAGUCAAGUAAUGAAUGUUUCCCAAAGGAUUUUGAGAAUGGAGAUCUUUCCCUCUGGUGUCUCAUCUCACGAUCUACCCCUUAAAGAUAUCCAUGCAUACUGUAACCUACUGUGUUUGACUGCCUUAGUCUCCCAGGGAGAGAGGGGCAUCAUGGGAGCUUGUGGACACUACACUGUGAUUGGCUAUCCUCCUUACAUGGGGGCGGGACUUUGAUCGGCACAUGGCCCAUGACAACGUGGGCCUGGGCAUGUCAUCCCAACCCAGGAGGAGCCAUUUCUCGGUUGUAGCAUCUCUGUUUGUUUAUUUGGUUUCAACCCUCCCUUCCACCCUGCAAAAAUUAGGAUUUCUUUUUUUUUUUGUUGUACUUUUAUUUUGUUUUUGAGAUGAAUUUUAUUUUCUCUGAACCUUGACCUUUUGAUUGCUUUUUAAGAGCAUUGUUAUCUUGGAUAUUGGCAGAAGACAUUUUCAAAAAAAAGAAUGCAAAAAAAGAAAAAGAGAGAAAACUGAGUGGGCAAAAGAUCAGUCAUUUCAAAAUAAAAAUUGAUGUUUUUUUCCAAAA